GGUCCUUCUCGAUCAUUGAUUCACCUCGUCCAGAAACCGAGAAAAGAGGGUUUCUCCCCCACUCCCUGCUCUUUUGUUCUCCUCCCCCUUCAUCUGCGCCGUGCAUUUAUUUUAGAUGUGAGAUGCAGGUGAAGCAGCCCUACUGGACUUGUUGCUGUUGGCUUGGAGUCUGUCUGUGGCUCUUAGCUGGAGAAGGAGGAUGUGUCUAUGAAAAACUCUGUGGAAUUGCCCCAUGUGGCAGGAAUACCAAUGGUGGAUUACAGCCCAGCAGACAACAGUGUCAUGGUGCGCGCUGCUUCAGCAGGUCGAAUCGCUCAUCUCUUUCUUUCAUUCAGCCAUCCAGCAAGCAACAACCACAUCAGUCUUCUAGAGGCAGCAUCCUGGGGCUCUUAGCUGUGACCGGCAGAGGUACAGAUGUGAUAUGCUCUGGAGGAAGGGACUGUCCCAGAAGAAUUCUGAAUAGCACCAUGCAGGACUGCAGAGGCAUUGAGUGUCGGCUACCCCUGCACAUUCGUCAGAAGCCAAGACCUGCAAGCCAAAUCUCUCCAUGCCCACCAGAUCAAGGGGAACGCUGCCUUGAGCCUACCUCGGCCAGAGUAACUGAGAAGGCAGCACAAUUCAUUGAGGAAGAGCUUGCCUACACAGCUUCAGAACUUGGUGGUGCUUCUCUUGGUGUUCAGCUCACCUGUGAUGUUAAACCAGGAGGUAAUGAAGUUCCAUCUGAGGAUGCACUUGUGCUCCAACUACAGCUUACAAAAGGCCAAGAACAGUUUGUUGAAACACUAAAAAGUCAGCAGGCAAUCAUUGUGGAUUUGCAGCAAAAACUUACAGAGCAGCAGGAUGCAUUAGUUACCCAGCAGCGGGAAAUUAUUCUGCAACAAAGAAAAAUGUAUGAACAAAUGGAUCUGAUCAAAGUUCAGUACGGCAUGCUUUUUGACACAGUGAAGCAAAUGUCAUUUAAGGGUUUGCAAGAGGACAUCCAGCAUUACUUUGAGGCUAAUCUUCAAAACCUGCAGAAGGAAGUCAGAAAUCAUCUCCAGAAGUCCUAUUCUGGGCAUAAACUAAACGUGGAUGCAAAAAUGAUUGAUAUUGGAGAAACUUUAAUGGAGUGUGGCUUUUGUGAAAGUGAUGAAUUUUGCAAUUUUCAGAAGACACCAUCACAAUGUGAAAAAUGUACCUUGUGUCCUGCUGGCUUUUUUCAGCUAUUGGAUUGUUCCACAAAUGCAGAUCGAAUAUGCCAGGAUAAAGAUGAAUGCACCCAAUUACCAAGUAUCUGUGGAGAAAGAAUGAAAUGCCUGAACACACCAGGAGGAUUCCGCUGUUUUGGAAUGGCAGAAAAAGAGGCUGCUCUGGGGUUGUGUGGAGAGGAAUAUUUUUUUAAUAAAGAGCAGCAGGAGUGCCAAGCCUGUCUCGUGUGUGAUGAUGGAACGGUUAUUCUACCUUGUUCGCUUGUGAGCGAUACAGUUUGUUCAACAGCUGUUGAAACCCUUCUGUCUGAGACAUGGGCUGCAGAUACAGCUUUACCCUUGUCUGGCUCAUCUCAGAUCUACCCUGGAUUUAAGCUGAAGUUGAAAGAAAAACAAGGAUGCAAUAUGGGUACCCUUGAAGAAGGCAGCUUGGUGUUCAAAGACCAUGGCUUAAUAUGGGCCGAUUUCAAUUUUGCUGUGAAACAUAACUGCAGAAAUUUCCUCCACCUUUCCUUAAAAUUCAAGGACAGUGAAGAAGGCUAUGAACUAAGUGGAGUUCGUAUUGAACAACCAGAAGUCAAACUGUUUCAGAGUGCCAGUGUGAGUUGUGCUGCAGAAGUAGAGCCAAGCCAAACCCUUUCAAUAUUUUUGAAGAGCCCUAAUCAAUUCUGCAACCAAAGUAAAGAUUUAGACAUAUAUAAUCUUCAAACCCCUCUCAGCUUGUUUUGGUUAUCUCAUGAUACAGGAGCUGUAGCCAUGACUGCACAAAUAAUGACCGCAGUUCACUAUCAGACAAAUUAUCAACCGACCUUUAAAUUUGUUUCUCUUUCUGACUCUUAUAUGCUAACCUUAUGUCAUGAUGGUAGAGCCAUCAAGUUUACUGAAACGGGGGUUGUGAAAUUUGUUUUUCAGCAAGCUCUGUAUUCCAUGGGUCACACCUGCAUUCAUGAGGGUUUCAGUAUGGUGGUUUAUCUGAACAAAAAUGGAACUAAUGCAGAACUGAUGACGGUUUAUAAAUCUGGUGUCAAUUACAGAGAUACUUCAAUCUCCGUUUCUGGAGCCACCAAAGUCAGUGCUGGGGAUCUAAUGAGCUUUGAGAUCCUUUCUCCUGCCCAAUGCAGCGUUCGUUAUUUUGGAGACAGCUCUGGAAUUAGUACACUCAGCCUCAUCUGGCUUCCAUCUGCUAUUUCUACUGCAUUGUCUGCCAGAGUCUCUGUAAUAGGAUUGCCUACAGGAGCUGUCAGAAACAAACUUUUGGAUUUUGUACAAGUCUCAAUCUAUGAGAAACAGAUCUAUUUAAUAUCUGCUGGACAAUUUGCCCAAAAAUACUUUGUGUUUACAGAAGAAGGAAUUGCUAGCAUUGUGUUCACUUUAAAAUUAAUUCAUUCAUGCAAUAUGCUCCGGGUAACUUUAAAUCAGCAUAUCAGUGAUAAUGCCCCUCUUAACAUAAUUGCUCAACAAAUUGGAGGCCAAGUACCUGAAGGUAGCAUCUGGGCCAGUGUUAGCCUUCGUUCCUCUUUCAAGGUUCACAAUGGAACCAUGAUAUCUGUAUCGCUAGAUUGCGUGCGUGGCAGAAUUAACCACAUUGCUCAUGAAUAUGGAACAAGCUUAUCUAUCUUAUGGAUAUCUUCAUAG